GGCUCCGAUUUAACCUGCGACGGCGGUGGCGGCGACGGCGGCGGCAGGGGGAAAGAUGGAGACCCUGAAAGACAAGACCCUGGAGGAGCUGGAGGAGAUGCAGAAUGACCCGGCGGCCAUCGAGCGGCUGGCCCAAGACUUCCCUGAGGUCCAGGACCUGCAGCUGGAGCGGGAGAUGGCACUGGCCACCAACCGGAGCCUGGCUGAGCAGAACCUGGAGUUCCAGGGUCCCCUGGAGAUCAGCCGCUCGAACCUCUCGGACAAGUACCAGGAGCUCCGGAAGCUGGUGGAGCGGUGCCAGGAGCAGAAGGCAAAGCUGGAGAAAUUUUCUUCAGCACUGCAGCUCGGGGCCUUGCUGGACCUUCUGCAGAUAGAAAGCAUGAAGACUGAAGAAGAGGCUGAGGCCAUGGCUGAGAAGUUCCUGGAGGGCGAGGUGCCCUUGGACACGUUUCUGGAGAACUUCUCCUCUGUGAGGAUGCUGUCCCAUCUGCGCCGGGUUCGCGUGGAGAAGCUCCAGGAUGUGAUGAGGAAGCCCAGGGCCUCCCUGGAGCUGGCUGGGGGCGCCCCUCCUCCCCGCCCGCCUCCCCCAUCUCUCCCGGGCCCCCAGGCGACGCCCCCUGUCGCCGAAGAUCAGCAGCCUCCGGAGGUCCCUCCCUACCCGUUGCCCUACAGCCCCUCUCCAGGCUUGCCCGUGGGCCCCACCGCCCAAGGGGUGCUCCCGCCGGCCCCGUUCCCUGUGGUGUCCCAGCCCUCUUUUUCCUACAGCGGGCCUGUGGGUCCCCCGUACCCGUCAGCCCAGCCAGGACCCAGGGCUGCCACAGGCUACUCCUGGUCCCCACAGAGGAGCACGCCUCCCCGGCCGGCCUAUCCCGUGGCCCCCACUGGUGCCUCCGGCCCUGGGUACCCCGUGGCGGGGGGCCGGGUCCUCGGUCCUGGUUAUCCUCAACAGCCCCCCUACCUCUCAACAGGAGGAAAACCUCCGUACCCCACGCAGCCCCAGCCAUCAGGCCCCCUUCAGUCGCCCUAUCCCCCUGGGCCUGCCCCUCCCUAUGGGUUUCCACUGCCUCAGGGUCCUGCCUGGCCUGGGUAUUAG